AUGCGCGUUGAUCCCGAAGAAGAAGAAUUCGCGAAAUACCUGCUAAAGCUCGGCGACGGGGAACUCGAAGUGAAUGAACUCGGCGAAAUAGAAGUCCCAGAAGAAAUUCGCUCUGGUGGUAACCUCAUCGAUGAAAUCUUCGGACCAUGCCUCAGAAGUGGGAACUACGAAGCAAUGAAGAAUCGCGCUAUUCUUGCACCAUUGAACGACGAUAAGGACAAGAUCAACGAGCAGAUUAUCGCUAUGCUUCCAGGCGAAGAGAAGACAUACACAAGUUUCGACUCGGUAAAGGAUCAACAUGAAGGGGGAAUUCAAUUCGCGCCUGAAUUCCUGAACUCGAUCAACAUCGCCGACUUGCCUCCACACAAUCUGAAGCUCAAGAAGAACGCCAUCAUCAUGCUUCUCCGAAACUUGGACGUCUCUGAAGGAAUGUGCAACGGAACACGAUUGAUUGUCACCGAACUUUGCAACAACAUCAUCAAGGCUAAGAUCAUCACCGGUGAACACGCAGGCCGACAAGUACACCUUCCAAGGAUCACGCUCGACUCCAGCAAAUCACAGCUUGGCGCAACUAUGCAACGGCACCAAUUCCCAGUUACUCCAGCAUUCGCCAUUACGAUACACAAGUCACAAGGCCAAACAUUCGAAUUCGUCGGCGUGCUUCUCCUCACGACGGUCUUCGUGCACGGAAUGCUCUACGUCGCGUUUUCAAGAGUCAAGCGUCAAAGUGCGUUGAAGGUCCUGCUGCCUCCUGAGAAUCCAACCCACACCCGAAACGUCGUAUGGAAGGAAGUCCUGAACAAGAGAAACUCACCAGCCGCACCUGCCUCUCCGACAAGAAACUACCUGGACAACAUGGAAGACUUCGCAAUCGGUCACCCGCUGGUAUAA